AACUGAUCCCUAUUGUUCAGAAAUUGGAAGAUGCUUUAGAAUAUCCUCUUUUCUGGGCUUAUUUGGAUUUCUCUUAACUGAGCUACAGAACAAGUUGCCGUUUCAUUCUGCAAAAUCUUCUAUUCUCUCUCUUAAAUCCACAUAUAUAAAUAGAUCCCAUUUCUCCAUUCGUUUCUCCACCCAAAUCAAAAACCGUCUUUAUCGCAGAGUACUUUGUUCUUUUUGAGUUUCUUUUGUUUCAAUCGUUAAUUUUUAAUUAUCUUAUACAAAUCAUGCAAAUCGUAACAGCAAACAGUGUUUCUGAUCAAGGGCAACUUAUUGAGAAGAUGGAAAUCUUCAAGAUCCAAGGUCGUGAUAAGCGUGGCCGUAAGAUUCUUCGCAUCAUCGGAAAAUUCUUGCCUGCAAGGGAAUUGAGUGCAGAAUCAUUGAAGAAAUAUUUGGAAGAGAAGAUAUUUCCAAAAUUAGGAGAAAGGCCAUUCUCUGUGGUGUAUGUUCAUACAGAUGUUCAAAGAAGUGAUAAUUUUCCUGGAAUUUCAACUCUACGAUCAAUUUACGAAGCUCUUCCUAUCAACAUUAAAGAGAAUCUUGAGGCGGUUUAUUUUGUUCAUCCUGGUUUACAAUCAAAGAUUUUCUUAGCAACCUUUGGCCGUUUCUUGUUCAGUGGAGGGUUGUACGCGAAGUUGAAGUAUGUGAAUAGGUUAGACUUUCUGUGGGACCAUAUCAGGAGACAAGAAAUCGAAAUCCCUGAUUUUGUGUAUGAUCAUGAUGAAACGCUCGAGUACCGUCCGAUGAUGGAUUACGGAAUGGAAAGUGAUCAUCCUAGGGUAUAUGGUGCACCGGCUAUGGAAUCUCCGACGCCUUACUCUAUGAGGUGCAUCUCGUAGACAGAAAGAUGAUGGUACCAGUGAGAGUUGCGGAAAAAAAAUAGAAAUGAAAAAAAUGAAGGCUUGAAAGUCUAAAAUGGGCCUUUGGUAUUAGGGUUUUUAAAACUUUGUUUUCUAAGUGUUGUUUGUGUUGUUUGGGGAUGAGUGUGUCCUUUCUCUAUGUUGUCCUGUGGAUAAUUGUAAAUAUUCAUCAGUGAUAGAUUUUUCUUUUGAUUGUCGGUUUUA